AUGUCAAAUAAGAAUGUAAAGUCUACCCAACAACAGAAACAACAACAGACAAGUACCAAUGUCAAUGGCAAUGGCAAUGGCAAUGGCAAUGGCAAUGGCAAUGUAAAUGGCAAUGUAAUGAUUGUACCAAUUGAACAACAGAUUGUAGUUGAUAAGGUGCGUGAACUAUUGUUGAUUACACCACAAAAGACUACAAAUGAGUUACCAGGACAUUACAAGACAUUGUUCGAUCUGACCAACAAGCUCAUUGUAAUGGACUCCAAGAACUCACAUUACAAACAGCUCAAGGCCGUCAGUCUAUUCAGUUACGUCGACACCUGCAAGCCACCAACAGAUGUCGCCAUUGCAAAGCUUGAAGAAGCAGUUCAAUUUGGUCCAACGAUAAAGUUCAUAAGCGAGCGACUAUCAUUGUAUUACAAUCACACUGGACGAUCACCUAGUAGCGCGGUGGUAGCUGCGGCAACUGCUGCAGUGGACAAGAGCAAGUUGGAGGCAAUUGAGAUGUUUGCCAUUGCAUUGGAAUGUGAGAGGAAGGCCGACCUUCAACGAGCCUUCCUCAUCUCGGCGGCUGCUCAUGAGAAGGACCCAAACAACAGAGACAUCAACCUCUAUGUCGGCACGCUCUACGCCAAACAGGGCAAGAUACCACAUGCCAACAAGCACAUUGACAUGGCGCUGCGAGGUGGCUCGCAGAUGUGGGAAGCGCACAUGGAGAAGGCCGGCCUCGAGCAAAAGGCUGGCGACACGGCGGUGGCAAUCAAGCGACUCUCGAUGCUCAUCAAUGUGGCCGAUUCGCCAAAGGACAUCAAGCGACGAGCACACCUCCUCAAGAUAUUCUACAUGAACUACAUGGAGAGCAACAGUCAUGGCAAAGAGACAUACGACGAGACGAUACUCUACACCAAGGCAUUGCUCACUAGCUGCGGCAUCACACCAUUCACUUACUCUGACGACAGGAUAUCGUCGCACAAGAAGCACUAUCCUAUCAGAGUGGCAUACCUCUCUUCACACUUUUGCGAGCAUCCUGUGGCCUACUUCAUCGACGGAAUACUCAAGUGCCACAACAAGGACAUGUACGACGUUCACAUCAUAUCGUUGGGCGCAACACACGACUCUUACACCGACCGAUUCAUCUCCUACGUGGGCCAGAGCAACUUCCACAAUGUGACCAGAGGCAUGCCGUGCGAGCAGAUCGCACGCAAGAUAUACGACCUCAACAUCACGAUCCUCGUCUGUCUGGACAUGCACACGGAGCGCGAUGCAGAGAUAGCUUUGUAUCGACCGGCACCAAUAAUGGUCAACUACUUGGGCUACCCAAACACCAGCGGUGUCUCGGCCAUCCAGUACCGAAUCACAGACCAACACGCUGACCCGGUCAGCUCGAAGCAACCGUGGAGCGAGCGUCUGAUACGCAUGCCUGCCUCAUUCCUUGUAUUUGAACCUUCACACAUUGAGCGACAUCAGAUCAGCAGCAAGUCGCCAUUCGAUACAAAUGGCUACAUUACAUUUGGAUGCUACAAUACUCUCUCGAAGAUACAGCCCUGCACAUGGGCCGUAUGGAGCGAGCUGCUCAAGAAGGUACCGACGGCAAGGAUCUUGAUAAAGGCGCCACUUUUCAUUGUCGACUCGGCCAAGGCAGAGUACGCAGAGCGACUCAAGCAAUAUGGAGUGGCGAGCAAUAGAGUCAUUAUGAAGGCAUACAACAUGGACACGUCUGGACACUAUGACAGCUUCAAUGAGGUGGACAUCAGUCUUGACCCAUUCCCGUACGCUGGCACGACAACAUCGAUGGACUCACUGUGGAUGGGAGUCCCAUUUGUGUCACUGGCUGGCGACACGCAUGCACAAUGUGUAGGCCGAUCGAUCCUUUACAACGUUGGCUUGGGCGACCUUGCGGCCACCAAUGCCAAAGAGUACGUGGACAUUGCCGCCAAGCUGGCUAAUGACAUUGAUAGACUGAAUGGUCUUCGCGUCAACCUGCGUACCAUGCUAAAGAAGAGUCCACUGUCCGAUCCCAAGCAGUUCACAAUCCAUCUCGAGCAAAAGUACGUUGACAUGUUCAAUGAGGCGCUGUAG